UUCCACUUUUCACCCGAAACCCCAGCCAUGGCGAUCGCCGCGGAUUCCACCGCCGAGCAAGCCCCGAACCCUGCUCCCCACGAGCCUUCGGACGAGCCCCGCAAGGCUCCCGACCAGCCCGACCGUGGCGAGGACAAUGGGGUCGACUUCGACGAGGAGGAGGACGAUGCAGAGGAGCUGGACGGGCCGGCGGCGUACAAGGAGAAGGUGAAGGCCGUCUUCCGUCGCCUGCACGCCGAGCCCGUCGGCAUCCGCGUCCACGACGUCAUCAUCAGGGGCAAUUUCAAGACCCGCGGCUCCCUCAUCGAGGCGGAGGUCGCCGACCUGCUCCGCUCUGCCGGCACCGUGCAGGGCCUGGUGCGCGCCUCCAGCCAUGCCAACGCGCUGCUGCGCCGCCUCGACGUGUUCGACUCCGUCUCCAUCACCCUCGGCGCAGGCCCGCCCGAGUUCCCCGGUACUGCAAUCGUCACCAUCCAAGUCGUGGAGGCGGCCAGACCCUACAAUCGUGGCAUCUUCUUCUUCCCCAAGAAAGAGGUAAUAUCAUGGCCAGUUGAAGGAUGGUUCAUGUUGAAGAACCUAUUUGGUUAUGGGGACAUGUGGAAUGUUUCAGGAGAAUAUGGUUGGGAUCAGUCAUCAAAGAUAGACAUUGGAGUGUACCUGCCAAGAUUGAAAUCAAUACCAACACCUUUGACGGCUCGGGCAUCAAUCCUUUCCGAAGAUUGGCUGAAGUUUUCAUCAUACAAGCAGCGUCUUCUUGGCCUUAAGUUUGGUUUGCUUUCAACCUGGCACCAUAACUUGUCUUAUGAUCUGGCAUGGCGUACCUUAACUGAUCCCUCACAAAUGGCAUCAGAAUCCAUAAGGAGGCAGUUAGGACAUAAUCUGCUUUCUGCACUGAGUUAUGCAUAUAAAAUAGAUAAAAGAGAUUCAGAAUUCCGGCCAACAAAAGGAUAUGCAUUUGUCUCAACUUCUCAAGUUGGCGGUCUAUGGAAAAAUGGGCUAAGAUUCUUCCGCCAGGUUCUUAUGCAACCAACUUCUCGUGGUUAAUCUUCCAUGCAAAGUUUAUGCCUACUUUACCUUCAUUGCGUUUCUGCUUUCUAAUAUGUCAAACAUUGAAGAGGAGCAUUGGCGCAGCGGUAAAGCUGUUGCCUUGUGACCAUGAGGCCUUGUGACCAUGAGGUCACGGCUUCGAGUCCUGGAAACAGCCUCUUGCAGGAAUGCAGGGAAAGGCUGCAUUCAAAAGACCCAAAGUGGUCGGACCCUUCCCUGGACCCUGCGCAAGCGGGAGCUACGUGCACCGGGCUGCCCUUUUUAAUACGUCAAACACUCACUACUUACUGUUUAUCUGCUUUUUAUUAGCUGCACUGUAAAGUAACCUGUGAAUUAAAUCAAGAAAAAGAAGCCUAAGUGUUAAUUGUGUGUUUUGCUACUGCCUAGCGAAUAUCACCUAAGCGCACAGUUCAGGUUUAUUUUUUCAUCAAAUAACGCGCAAAAUCCAGGAAUGUGCUUUAUACUUUAUACCAGCAUUACCAUUUCAUUGGAAUAUACUGUUAGAUUGAAUAAUCCAAGAGUGAUGGAAACCCUUACCACAAGGAAUAAGUAAUUCCCUGUAAAAAGAUGGAUGUACAAAAGAGUGACUGUGCAAGACCCCGGUAUUUAAUGCAAGUAACAUCUGUUCUCUUUGGUUUUAACAAAUUCCGUUUGGCAGUGGAAAUGUAGAUUGUAGAAUAUAUUGCAAUUGAUCAUGUUACCAACAACUCUCAUUGUUUGUGAGUGACUUGUUUGGGAGAGAUUGCCAGUGGAAAAUAAUUGGAAGUUCAAUAAGAGAUGGAUAUCAAAACUUAGCAUGAUCUUAACUGAAUAAUUUUGACAUUUAACUAUUUGGAAGGACUGUUCUAAUGGGUCACGGUCCUGAAGACAACUUUCAAAUUCUUCCUCACACUUAUAGCUUCACAUCCCAAUAGAGAACAUAACCAACCAUCCGAGCUCAUAUUAUUUGAAAUUAAGCCAUCGGAAGUCAUAUUAUUCUUCCUCAGACGUAUAGCUUCACAUUCCAAUAGAGAACAUAAGCAACCAUCGGAGGUCAAAUUAUUAGCACUUGAGGCAUCAAAUUAGUCAACUAUCCGAUUACUGCGCCAAGAGCAGCUGAGUACUCGCCACCUGGUGGUGGAGCCAAAGGUUGGGCCGGGCCCCAGGCCAACCUAGGGCGGACAUGAUAAACAAUGUCAAACAAAUGCUACCAUCGUCGUCAGGAUUCCGGCUUUACGACCCAGGCCACGGGUUGGCUUUCCCGGGUCCUAUCCCCCUCCUGUCGCCACCCAUUAGCUAAAUAUAA